UGCCUGCACUUCGGUGGCUUCUGCCAGCACGCUCUUGUGGCAGACACACUCAGGCCUCAGGCAUUUCCAGCUCAGCGUUUGGCCAUGUCAGAGACUGUGGACAGCGAUGUGGAUGAAUACGAUGAGCUAUCGGAGCUGCGCCAACGACAGAAACCCCAAGCUCAACCUUCAGUUGAUGAGGCCUUCGACUUGGAUGACUUGCUGCCGACCAUUGGGGAGUUUGGCAAAUAUCAAAAACUUUUGGUCUUUGGCAUUUGUCUGCCCGCUUGCAUUCCCUGUGGCUUUUGUGCCUUCAAUCAGCUGUUUAUGGCUGAUACUCCGGAUGAUUAUUGGUGUCGCAUACCCGAACUGGGGGACAUGCAGCUGGAGCAGCGCAAGUAUUUGGCCAUACCCAAGGAACUGGAAAACGAUGAGCUGGUCUACAGCAAAUGUCACACCUACGGCGUUAAUUGGACGCAGCUGCUGGACUCGCUCGAAGAUGAGGCUGACCUGACCACGCUGGAGCCAAACAGCACUUGGCCUGUGGUUAAAUGCACGCAAGGCUGGGAAUAUAAUACCACAAAUGUGUGGUCCUCCAUUGUGAUUGAUUUUGAUUUGGUGUGCGACCAGGAUAUCUAUCCCACAAUUGGCCUGGCAGCACUCAACACUGGCGGACCCGUGGGCGUUUAUUUGUUUGGUUUGCUCAACGAUCGAGCGGGCAGGCGGCUGUCGUACUUCACCUGCUUGGCCACGCUGCUGGCCGGCAGCUUGAUGACUUCGCUGAGCAAGGAUUUCUGGACUUGGGCUGGCAGUCGCGUCAUUGUGGGGCUCACAAUACCGGCGGUGUAUCAGAUACCAUUUAUUAUAUCUCUGGAGCUUGUGGGCGAGAACUAUCGUUCCUUUGUCACUGUCAUGACCUGCACCUUCUACACCUCGGGCAUUAUGCUGCUGUCGGUUGUCACCUAUCUGGAGCGCGAUUGGGUGCGUCUCUCCUACAUCACUUCGCUGCCCUUUUAUGCGUAUUUCCUCUACAUGUUUGUCAUGCCGGAAUCACCGCGUUGGCUGCUCAUGCGCGGCCGCCUGGAGGAGGCACUCAAAAUCCUGGAGCGCAUGGCCACAGUGAAUGGGCGACAGUUUCCCGAGGCGGUGCACUGUAAGCUGGAGGCACAAAUCCGACGCGACAAGCUCAAGAAGGAGAAGAAAAAGGUGGCCAAUGUGGGUCUGCGAGAUCUCUGUCGCACGCCCAAUAUGCGCUUGAAAACGAUAUUGAUUACGCUCAGUUGGUUUGCCAAUGAGACGGUCUAUUUGGGUCUCAGCUACUAUGGACCCUCGCUGGGCACCAAUCAGUAUGUGAGCUUCUUUCUGUCCGCGGUGGUGGAGCUGCCCAGCUACCUGUGCUGCUGGUACUUUAUGGACACCUGGGGCAGACGCUGGCCGCUCAGUUUGUCCAUGAUAUUGGGCGGUGUGGCUUGUGUCAUUACUGUCAUGCUGCCCGAUGAGGCUGUCGAUGAGACGCUGUACCUCUAUCUGGUGUCCAAGGCUCUGCUUUCCGCCUCCUUCCUCAUCAUCUAUCCAUUUGCUGGCGAGCUUUAUCCCACACAAGUGCGUGGCAUAGGCAUUGGCGCUUCCAGCUAUAUCGGCGGCUUGGGCCUCAUUGUCAUUCCCUUUGUCACCUACUUGGGCAAGGAGAAUCUCAAGCUGCCGCUGGUUAUCAUGGGUUUUGUGUCCAUGCUGGGCGGCAUGACGGGUCUGCGAUUGCCCGAGACGCUGCAUCAUCGGCUGCCGCAGACCAUCGAAGAGGGCGAAGAGUUUGGCAAGGACUGGCAGCUCAAGGAUUGCUGCAGAUGCGCCCAAAAGCAGACCGUGCUCUCCCAGCCCACAUCCUAUGAAAAUCUUGAUGUCUUGGGCGGCUCCUCCAACACUGCCUCCGAGGCGGAUGUCGAGCUGGAGCUGCGUGACAAUCGUCUCCCUCGACAGCAGCCGCCCUUGAGUUCGAUUGAUGAGCGCACGCCCUUGGAGGGUGUGGCGGGCAUGGCCAGUGGCAGUGGUCGAACCGUUCAUCGGCCAUCCAUGAAGCGUUUGGUGCGCCAGAUGAGCAUUAUGGAUACGCAGCGGACCAAUGAUGGCACCAUGCAGCUAACACAUUGGAUUUAGGGAGCUAAAAUCGAUGAA